AGCUAUAAUAUUCGUUGCAAAAUGUUUACCGUUAAAACGUUUUUGCUACGACAUGGAUUAAUGAAUACAUCCCAGGGUGACAACGCCGAUGACUUUCUCUGAACAUGGCCGCUCAAGAUGAACUCAAUCAACUGGAGCGAGUUUUCUUGCGUUUGGGCCAUGCAGAGACUGACGACCAACUCCAGGACAUUAUAUCCAAGUUCCUGCCCCCGGUCCUCCUCAAGCUGUCCAGCGUGCAGGAGGGAGUCAGGAAGAAAGUGAUGGAGCUCCUGGUCCACCUGAACAAGAGGAUUAAGAGCAGACCUUUGAUCCAGCUACCAGUAGAGACCCUCCUGGUUCAGUACCAGGACCCUGCCGCAGCAUCCUUUGUUACGAAUUUCACCAUCAUUUACAUCAAGAUGGGAUACCCUCGACUGGAGGUGGGGAACCAGUGUGAGCUGGCACCUACUCUGCUGACUGCUAUGGAGGGCAAGCCUGAGCCCCAACAGGAUAGCUUGAUGCAUCUCCUGAUCCCGUCCUUGUAUCACAUGAAGUACCCAAAGGACUCUUCCAACACUUCCAAGAUGGCCUCUCCCUUCAUCCUGAUGGAGAAACCCAAGACGGUUCAGUUACUGCUGGAGUUCAUGUUGGACGUACUGCUGAUGCCCUACGGGUUUGUCCUGAACGAGCCUCCCACUCGCCCAGCUCCCUCGUCCCCUCAGGGUAGCUCUGGGGCAGCGGCGGCCGGACAGGGCCUCCCCCAGCCGCCUCCAGGGAUGAGCGUCUACGCUGCCAAGAGGGUCAUCGGAGAGGCCCAGUGGAGCCCAGAGCAGCUGGAACAGUGUAAACUCGGCAUAGUGAAGUUCAUCGAGGCAGAACAGGUACCGGAGGUGGAGACGGUCAUACACCUGGUGGUUGCCUCUAGCGACACAAGACACGGCGUUGCCACGGCCGCGGACCUGGAGCUCAAGAGCAAGCAGAGUAUUAUCGACUGGAACAACCCCCUGAUCGUCAACAGGAUGUACAAGGUCUACCUGGGAGACAUCCCCCUCAAAACUAAGGGGGCCAGUCUGAAGAGGGAGCUGAAACAUGAGCCGGUCAGCACCAGAGUCAAGAUGAAGAUCCUACCACAUCUCUUACGCUCACGCCUCGCCGCUGAGUGCUUCCCGGCUAACAUACAGGUGGUGUACGACGGUCUGUUUGGAGCCAACACCAACAACAAGCUGCUCUCUCUUACACUUCAGUUUGUUCACCACAUCUGUCAAGUAUGUCCUGACACCAACAAACCUCUGGGUCUGAUGCUGCUGAAUGGCCUCACCAAGCUCAUCAAUGAGUACAAGGAGGAUCCUAAGUUGCUGUGUAUGGCCUACUCUGCUGUGGGGAAACUGUCCAGCCGGAUGCCCCAACUCUUCACCAAAGAUAUCGCUCUGGUCCAGCAGUUCUUUGAGGCCAUGUGCAAGGAGGAGCCUGAUGUCCGUCUAGCCAUCCAGGAGGCACUGUCUAUGAUGGUGGGAGCCUACGCUAACCUACAGGGGGCGCUACUGAACCUGAUGGAAGCCCUGGUGGCAGCUUACAUGGGCAAGCCUGAGGUGCAGGUGCGUCAGGUGGCAAUGAAGUACGCCAGCACGGUAUUCGCUUCUGAUCACGUGCCCUCCAGAUACUUGCUCCUAUUGGCUGCUGGGGACCCGAGAGAAGAGGUUUGCAGCGAGGCCCAGCGUGUCCUGAGGGCUCUGCCUGCUAAGAACUCGGAGAAAGAGGGCCGUAAACCCAUGCCCUCAUUCCCUGACAUGGUGGCCUACAUCCAGGAGAAGGCUGCUCAGAGAAUGAAGACGCCGGCUAAGUACACCGUGGGGACGUACACGCUCCCCUUCAACCCUUCUGCGUUUGGCGAGAUCGUGCUGUACCUGCGGAUGUGUCUGGCCCACAGUGCCGGGGCCACGCCCGUCUCCAAGAGCCUGGCGGACAUGCAGGACGACGCGCCUGCCAUCGGACGCUACACGCACGCCCUGCUCUCCGACGGACCCCUGACCUCGCCGUCCUCCACUGGAACCAAGGGGGCAGAGGUCAACCCCGUGCAGGUCUACAUGGAGCUACUGCAGCAGCUGCUGUCUGCUGUAGGAGGAGUCCCUGUGAUGUACUGUCUUCUGGAGGUGGUGUCUGUCUGUCCUCACAACCUGGCCCCCAUGUUUAUCCACAAGAUCGACUGGAUCAAGAGUCUAAUGAACACCAACAAGGAGGACCUAAGGGAGCUAGCAGCUCAGCUCUACGCUGUGGUGGUGUCCACCAUGUCAGGAAACGAACUGAAGACUGCCGUUCAGACGCUCAUCAAGAUCACUAAAGAUACACACAGCCCCGAGACCCAGCACGGAGCCAUCAUGGCGCUGGGCUACAUGGUGGCCAGGUACAUGAGCAAGAGGAAGUCCUUCGCCAACGGAGACUCCGCCCUCAACCGGGAACAGAGGAUGAACGACACGCCCAAGGAGGACGAGGAGCUGGUCGCUAUAGCAACCAAAGCCAUCGGCUCUUUCCUAGACAGUGGUUCCCCCCUGCUCGCUGUCGCUGCCUGUACGGCCCUCGGGGAGAUCGGGAGGAACGGGCCUCUGCUCAUCCCUUCAGAAGGAGAGGGAUUCACCAAACUCGCCGUGGUGGAGAAGAUGCUGGCUCGCAUCCCCUCUGGGAAAGAGACCCUCAAGAUGAAGGAGAGAGCCAUCCAGACUCUGGGUUAUCUACCAGUGGGGGAUGGAGACUUUGCCCACCAGAAGAAGCUGCUGCAGGGGCUCAUGGACUCUGUGGAGGCCAAACAGGUAGAACUACAGUUUACAGUAGGUGAGGCCAUCACCAGUGCUGCUAUAGGGACCAGUUCUGGAGCUGCCAGGGACCCCUGGACCUGUACUGAGGAGCAAUACAGUCCCCCAGACAAUGUGGAGAGUAACGAUGUGGUUCCGUGGGUGCUGAACUCUAUCCUGGCUAAGUACAUCCCAAGUCAAAACCCCCACGUCAGACAGGCUGCCUGUAUAUGGCUGCUCUCUCUGGUGAAGAAGCUGCACCAGCACAAAGAGAUCAGGUCUCACCUGAAGGAGAUCCAGACGGCUUUCAUCUCCAUCCUGUCAGACCCUGAUGAGUUGAGUCAGGACGUGGCAUCUAAAGGUCUUGGUCUAGUCUAUGAGAUGGGAGGAGAGGGAGACCAGCAGGAACUGGUGUCUACACUGGUCGAAACACUGAUGACUGGCAAGAGGGUGAAGCAUGCCGUGUCGGAGGACACCGAGGUGUUCCAGGGAGAGGCUCUGGGGAAAGCACCGGACGGACACGGACUCUCCACCUACAAGGAGCUGUGCUCAUUGGCCAGUGACCUCAACCAACCGGAUCUGGUCUACAAGUUCAUGAACCUAGCCAAUCACCACGCCAUGUGGAAUUCCCGCAAGGGAGCAGCGUUUGGGUUCAACAUCAUAGCAGCGAAGGCAGGAGAGCAGCUCGCCCCCUACCUGCCCCAGCUGGUACCACGUCUGUACCGAUACCAGUUUGAUCCCAACCUGGGCAUCAGGACGGCCAUGACCUCCAUCUGGGAUGCUCUGGUCACUGACAAGAACAUGGUGGAUAAGUAUCUGAAGGAGAUCCUCCAGGAUGUGAUAUCUAACCUGACCAAUAACAUCUGGAGGGCCCGGGAGUCCGCCUGCCUCGCUCUCAACGACCUCAUCCGAGGACGCAACGCCGACGACCUCAUCGACCACCUGGAGGAGAUCUGGGAGACCCUGUUCAGGGUUCUGGACGACAUCAAGGAGUCUGUCAGGAAGGCUGCUGAUAUAACCCUCAAAACACUGAGUAAGGUGUGUACUAGGAUGUGUGAGUCGUCAGGUUUAGCAGCCCAGAGGACUGUAGCUGUUCUGUUACCAACCCUCCUGGAUAAAGGCAUUGUCAGCAACGUGCCUGAGGUCCGCUCUCUCAGUAUCCAGACCCUGGUGAAGGUGUCUAAGACAGCUGGUAAUAGGUUGAAGCCCCACGCCCCUCGUCUGAUCCCAGCACUCCUGGAGGCUCUCAGUGUCCUGGAGCCACAGGUCCUCAACUACCUCAGCCUCCGAGCCACGGAGCAGGAGAAG